AUGGACUUAGGAAUCGCCACUGAUCACAAUCGUGAAGAAAAGGAAGGUGCAAGUAUGUCUAUGACGAAGGUGCAUGACGAAACGGCUCACAUCGUGCGUUUGCAAGUCUCCGCCAGCGUUGGGUAUACAUUAGCAGACGCGGCCUCCCUCAGCUCUGCAGUGACCAAGCGGGAUCCUGUCAGACCACCGCAAGUUGCACAUGGCGAAACACUCGAACCAGUCAUUGCCUCGACGGCCACAACAAAUUCUGACAUCUCGCGAGUUUUCUUUUGUCUCUGA